GCGUCCGACUUCUCCGAGGCCCGUGCCCAUCCGCCACAUCCACAAGCUCUCCGUCGACAUCGUCGGCCGCCAGGAAGGGCAGCCGGGGUUGGAGGAGGCGGCGGAGUAUAUAAAGGGGCAGCUUCAGGCCUUGGCGGAUCGGGCCGGGCCCCAGCUUAGAGUGGAGAUUGAUGAAACACUUGUUAGCGGUUCUUUCAGCAUGAUGUUUUUGCGCCAUAGCAUUGCUCUUGGGUACAGGAAUCAUAAAAAUAUUGCCAUGAGGAUUUCUUCAAAUUCUUCUAAAGACCAUCAUCCAUCCAUCUUAGUGAAUGGCCACUUUGACAGUCCACUUGGUUCUCCUGGUGCAGGCGAUUGUGGUUCUUGUGUUGCAACGAUGCUUGAACUAGCACGGUUUGUGGUUGAUUCAAGCUGGGUUCCACCUCGACCUUUAAUUUUUCUUUUCAAUGGUGCAGAAGAACUUUUCCUUUUGGGUUCUCAUGGCUUUGCAAAAGCACACAAAUGGAUUGAUACAGUUGGAGCUUUUAUUAAUUUAGAAGCAUCAGGCACCGGUGGUCUUGAUUUGGUCGUCCAAUCAGGGCCUGGGUCUUGGCCUUCCUAUGUCUAUGUUCAAUCUGCAAAGUAUCCCAUGGCAAAUAGUGCAGCACAGGAUGUGUUUGGCAUUAUACCUGGAGAUACAGAUUACAGAAUUUUUGCUGAAGAUCAUGGGAACAUUCCAGGAUUGGAUAUUAUUUUUCUUCUGGGUGGUUAUUACUAUCACACCUCUUACGAUACAAUGGAAAGGCUAUUGCCUGGAAGCAUUCAAGCGCGUGGUGAAAAUAUGAUUAGCUUGAUUAAGGCAUUUGCAGGCUCUCCAGUUCUUCUGAGUGCUGAACAAAGAUCUAUUGAAGCAUUAAAAAACAAAGAUAAGGAUGAUCGGCCAAUCUAUUUCGACUACCUAUCCUUGUUUAUGAUAUUCUAUUCAAGGAAGGUAGCCCUGGUAGUUCACAGUAUGCCAGCCAUCAUAUUUUUUCUCAUGCCGCUCUUUCUUUCUUACCCAAAUAUAACAGCAAAGUUAUGGUUAGCGAACUUUUUAAAGUUGAUGAAAGGAAUGUUAUUCCAGUCUAUUGGCAUUCUCCUUGGAAUCAUUAUUCCAGUUGUUUUUGCAGUAGUAAGAUUGCUUUUCUCAAGCAAUGCAAUGGGUUGGUUUGCUUAUCCGUACUUGGCAUUCUCCAUGUUUGUCCCUAGUGCAUUAAUUGGUCUGCUGAUGCCAAGAGCAUUAUGGGGAUCCUUUCCAAUCUCUCAAGAUGUGUCAUCUAGCAAAGUGUCAAAAGAGGUGUUAUCUGAUGAAGCUUGUUUUUGGGGGGCUUUUGGAUUAUAUGCUCUUACGACUUUGGUUUAUCUCGUAGCUGGAUUGGGUGGAGGAUUCUUGACAUUUUUUAUAUCAGCAUCGAUGGUUCCUGCAUGGAUUUGUUUUGGUCAAAUUAGCAAGAAUUUCGGCCAUCACACACUCAAGUCAAUGGCAGGAUACAUCAUCCCUCUAGUCCCAUGCCUUACAUAUAAUGUCUACUUUGGUGGGUUUCUCGUCCAAUUCUUGAUUGAGAAAAUGGGGAUGAUGGGUUCUCUUCCGAAGCCAUAUGGAUUUUUCAUUCCUGAUAUUGUAGUGGCGGCAAUUAUUGGACUGGUUACUGGAUGGUGUGUUGGUCCUUUAAUACCUGUUGCCGGUCGUUGGUUGGGUAAGUUGUCCAUUUUGCAGUUCUUGUUGCAAGUGACUGUGCUUGCUUUGGCCCUGUCAUCCCAGAUCUUUCCAUACAGUGUUGCUGCACCAAAAAGGGUUUUACUUCAGCACAAGUUUGCGACCACUGAUGCAGGUCAAAUUGUUGAUUCCCGCUAUGAAUUUUCAGUAGUGGAUGCCAAUUCAUUGACUUUUCUCUUCAAGAAUGCUCCUGAGGCUGCAAAAUUUCUCGGGAUCAGUUCAGAAUUUUCUUUUACAGAAGAUUACUAUUCUGAUAAAAGUUCAUGGGUGGCUGUAUUUCCAAUAUCUUCCUUGUUGUCAGGGAGCAUGAAGUUCCCCGCACGAAGUGAUGAUAUUUUCCUUCAAUAUAAAGACAUGCCUCGCCUGUCAAUCCUUCGCACAGACUCUGUAUCUAAAACAUCACACAGAAGAGUGCACCUGGAACUCUUUCUUGGUUCGUUGAGAGAAAUAUGGUCGACAGUCCUUAAUAUUACUGGUCCAUUAUCAAGUUGGUCUUUUGCAGAUAAUAGGCUUCCAGCUCCUGAAUCAGCUGACGGUGGCCCCCCUUCAUACAUUAUGAGACUUAGCGGAAGUAGCCAUGAGAAUUGGACAUUCUGGCUGGAGGCUGACAAUUCUGAAGCUUUACGUGUGGACCUUGCUGUGCUUGAUCAACAUCUUGUCGAGGACACUAGGAAAUUGAAGAGCAUGUUUCCAAGUUGGGCGGACAUCAUUGCGGUUUCAACAUUUUCUUCAAGUUAUACAUUCUAGAAUAAGAAUUUUAAUCAUUUGUUAUUAAUUUUAGCUUUAGUAUAUAUAUCAUUUAUUGUUUGUAUAGGAUCAACAGUAUAUACAAUUUCUGGUUUUCUUGAAGCCGUGUAGACGAUUUUUAUUUGUAUAAAGAAAAUUUCUUGACAUUCACAAACAAAGUCGUGGCCCCCUCUUCGGCUUUGCUGGAAUCCUUUGGUUUC